GUCGGCAUCCCGCCCGCCCGCCCGCUGACGCGACGUACACCGCACCAAGAAACCGCCGGAACCCGCGUCCGGAGCUCGUGCCACGCGCGCGCGGCCUCACGUGCCGCCCACCGCCCGUGACCCCAAAUCCCCAGACGAGGCCACCACUAUCCUCUCCGCCCUCGGUAUAACUGCUCCCCCACCACCGUCUUCUCCCCCCCUCCCCUCCUCCGACCCGAAACCCCCAUCCGUCCGCCCCGGGGAGAAGACCGCCGGAGCCGCCGCCGGCCCCUCCCGCGGCAUUCUCUCCGGUGCUCCUCCUCCGGCCAGCGUCUGCAGGGGAAAAACAGAAGCGGCAGGAUGGUGCUGUGGGUCUUCGGAUACGGGUCCCUGAUCUGGAACCCCGGCUUCGAUUUCGACGACAAGAUCCUCGGAUUCAUCAAGGGCUACAAGCGGACCUUCAAUCUCGCUUGCAUUGACCAUAGAGGCACGCCGCAGCAUCCGGCCAGGACUUGCACCCUUGAAUCCGAAGAUGAAGCCAUAUGCUGGGGAAUUGCUUAUUGUGUCAAAGGUGGUCUAGAAAAAGAGCGAGAAGCAAUGCAGUACUUGGAGAGAAGAGAAUGCGAGUAUGACCAGAAGAUCUCUGUGGAUUUCUACAAGGAUGGAAAUUCUCUGGAACCAGCUGUGACGGAUGUAUUAGUAUUCGUAUCCACUCCUGAUCCAGUUGGCAACAAGUACUAUCUUGGCCCUGCUGCUUUGGAGGAUAUGGCAAGGCAAAUUGCUACAGCCAGUGGCCCUAAUGGAUAUAAUAGGGACUACCUGUUCUCAAUGGAGAAGGCACUGUCCAAUAUAAGCCAUGAAGACGACUCGAUCAUUGUGCUUGCGGAUGAGGUGAGGAAGGUGCUGGGCAGGUCGACAGAGAAGAAGGUUACCGGCUCCGACGUACCAUUAAAAUCGCAUACUCCAGCUGUGCACAUCUCUGCUCUUCCCGAGGGCACCGUCGCGGUUUCAACAUAGCAAGAAGAGCGGCAUGGCUGGAUUAGCGAAACAGAUGGCAUUUUCCUCUGACCAUACUCACUCUUGACAUUCUCCCAUUGAAAGAUCCGCGGUAUACUUCGGCUCUGGCACCAUUGAGGGUGUGUGCUAAUUUUCUUUGGCAACUAUUGUGGCAAAGGCUGUAGCUUCCAGAGUGCUAAUGCGAAAGCCUGAGACUUCAAGUGUUAUUGCUUCCCUUAAUAAUAAAUGCAUUUGGCGACUUCAGCACUUCUGUGCUGCUGAGUGUGAUGCUAUGCUUUGCUUCA